UGGUGCAGCCGGGUCCCGGAAGCGGCGGCGAAGCGAUGGCGGCGGACGGGAGGGCGGCGGCGGUGGAGCUGCCACCGGAGGGGGAUGUGGAAGGCGGCAGCAGCGAACCGGAGGGUGGCUUCGGGCAGCUGCUGGAGGAGGAGGAGGAUGGGGAAGAUGCCGGCUACGUGCUGUACAGGGACAGGAAGGAAUGGGCUGAUCUUGAACCUGUUCCUCAAAAUGAUGGGCCAAAUCCUGUUGUUCAGAUCAUCUACAGUGAAAAAUUCCGAGAUGUGUAUGAUUACUUCCGGGCUGUUCUGCAGCGGGACGAGAGAAGUGAAAGAGCUUUCAAGUUAACAGCAGAUGCCAUUGAGUUAAAUGCUGCAAACUACACAGUAUGGCAUUUCCGGAGAGUCCUCCUGCAGUCUUUGGGAAAGGAUCUCCAUGAGGAACUUAAGUACAUUACAGCUAUCAUUGAAGAUCAGCCAAAGAACUACCAAGUCUGGCAUCACAGACGGGUGCUGGUUGAGUGGCUGCAGGAUCCAUCCCGAGAGCUUGAGUUCAUAGCUGACAUUCUUAACCAAGAUGCCAAAAAUUACCAUGCCUGGCAACACAGACAAUGGGUUAUUCAGGAGUUCAAAUUAUGGGACAAUGAACUGGACUACGUAGACCAGCUUCUGAGAGAAGAUGUGAGAAACAACUCUGUUUGGAACCAACGGCACUUUGUCAUUUUCAACACCACUGGCUAUGAUGACCCAGCAGUCCUAGACAGAGAAGUCCGGUACACUCUUGAGAUGAUCAGAGCAGUGCCACAUAAUGAGAGUGCUUGGAACUACUUAAAAGGGAUUCUACAGGAUCGUGGUCUUUCUAAAUAUCCAAAUCUGCUGGAGGAACUGUUGAAUUUACAGCCCAGUCACAGUUCACCCUAUCUGAUUGCCUUUCUUGUGGACAUAUAUGAAGAUAUGCUAGAAAACCAGUGCGAUAACAAGGAAGAAACGUUGAACAAGGCGUUGGAGUUGUGUGAAAUUCUGGCUAAAGAAAAAGACACCAUCCGAAAAGAGUACUGGAGAUACAUUGGAAGGUCCCUUAAGAGCAAGCACAGUUCAGGCACCGAACAGAGCAGCACAGUGACGGAUAAAGAGCAGUAAUUGAAGAUGGAAGAAGACAGUGUUAAGCCCUCAAACUGUUCUAAAUCUGUACUAAGUAGGGUCAUCAACAAGUUCAAAGUCCAGUUGUAGGUAUUGCAAUGGAAAAGGAAUGUAGACUGCUGUAUAGUCCUGAGUUGCUGCUGCUACUGUUGAUGGCUCUAGCUGCAGUCAAGAAAUGUAUUAAGACUUAAUGAAAUGUACCAGGUAAAGGUUUUAGUUUCUAACUAAAAAUACAUAAAUAUAUACCUAUUACAUUGACAGUACUCAGUUAAUGGUUUGCCUUGAUCUUAGAGGUUUUUUCCAACAUAAGUUACUCUACAACUCUGUGAAGCACUAAAACCAUGUCUUAUGUUGUGGUUUACCCACUUGUGGUUCCUAACACUGUCUCAUGACUUUGCUGCAGUAGUGACUGCAGGUAACUUAACUAUAGGGGAUAUAGAGUAACCUGGUUAGUGCAAGUAGGCACUGCAGCUGUCACCUCAUGUGGGAGCAGCUGUGUAACACCGUCAGCCUACGCUGUUGUAUGCAACUAAUGCCAAGUGUAAUUUUGUAAUAAAAAUAGAUAACUUAGAA